AAUGUGGACUUCUGACGAUCACAGAAUUACAUACCUCCAAAACUUUUUAUGUGGAUCGGUAGCAGGCGUCCUCAGUCGCACUAUAACUUCUCCACUGGACGUCCUCAAGAUCGUCUGUGAAGUAAAAGGUUCCAAGAUGGGACUUCUCUCUGUUUCUAAACAUAUUUACGCUGUAGAUGGGGGAAGAGGAUUUUUCAGAGGCAACUUUAUAGCAUGUGUUAAAAUAUUUCCCUAUUCUGCUGUUCAGGUGUGGUCUUACAGAAAGUUCCGUCGGUACAUUUCAGACGACCUCGGGCGUUUGAGUAUAUCGGGAUCUGUUUCAGCAGCCACCCUCUCGGUAUUGACCGCCACUACUUUCACUUACCCGUUGGAUUUGAUUAAAACAAGACUCGUAAUUCAACAAGGAGCAGCGUAUAAGAGCAUCGCGCAUGCAGCCUUCACAAUCAUUAAAACAGAAGGUCCACGGACUCUGUAUAAUGGUUUAUGGCCUACCUUAUGGGGCACCAUACUAUACGCUUUCUGUACCUUUUUGACGUAUGAAGCACUAGACAGUCUUUGGUGGGACCGUAGGCUCCGUCCAAUAGAACUCGUCCUACAGGGUUCAGCUGCCUCCUCUCUCGUCAUCACUGUCACUUUCCCAUUCGAUCUCAUUCGAAAGAGAAUGCAGGCAAAAAGCAGUACUCUACCAUAUAAUGGUGGAGUGGGGAUCCCCUUCUCAAAUGUGCGAACCUGCGUCAUCAAUACAGUAGCAGCCUCUGGUGUUAAAGGACUCUGGCAAGGACUUCUCCCUGCGAUUAUUAGGACUGGCCCCUACCAUGCAUCGAUGUAUAUUUUUUAUGAUAUGUGCAAAACUGCCUGUCUAUACAGAAAUGGAUAUAUAAGCAACAUAGACCAGAACAUCGAUCUAGAGGAGCUUCAAGAAACAGCUGAUUAUGAUGUAGAUUUUGAUAUUGAAUUACAGGAUGAAUAGAACUGUGUGGAAAUAAUGUAGCAGAUAUUUCAUUUGUGAUCCUGAUGUUACUUUUCCCUCACACAAUAUAACCACGUGUGAUUUCCUGUCAUUCCUGGAUUUUUUAUUAGCUCUAUUGGCCAGAGGCCAGGAGAACUCAUGCAUUGGUAUGGUGUCUUUAGCUGUCUGGGUUGAAUAAAACUUGAUACAUGUUCAAGUUUUAAAAUGUCAAGAUAUUUAUUUGUGUCAGUGUCAAAUUCAGAAGAAAUGGUACAGAUCUAACUUAGAGGGCAAUGAAUGCAGGGCCCAAGAGCUACAGUCUCAUCAAAGAUUUUUGGGUUUUGAUGUAUUGUUUUGAAGUUGAUAACAGUUACCAAUCAGUGCUAUCUUAUUUAUAUACCAUUACAUGUAAUUCAGAAUAACAGUGAGUGUGACAGCACAAUGAUAAUAAAGAAAGAAAAAACUUAAAAUUGUUUUAUACUUGUAUUACAAAGAAAUAUAAAACAUUAUAACAGUAUAACUGUUAGAGGAAGAAUGUGGCAUUGCUAUAAAGAAAAACUCAUACAUGUACAUUUUGUAUUUAGUAUUAACAAUGAUCUUAAGGCUAAUGAAAAUGUAAUGACAAAAGAAAAAUUCCAUAAUUCAGAAUCACAGCAAUAUAAGGCUAAUACAUGUAUUUAAAAAAAAACAAACACAUCUGUAAUAUCUAACAAAAUACAGGUACAUGUAAUCAUGUUCUUUGUCAUUACCUCAACUAAAAUCUUUGUUAUAUUUAGUGAAAUG